UUGUCAGUUUUAUAACAGAAUUCAAAUUGUUCGAACGUUACAGUGAGAAUUCCUGGCUAGUGCUCUCACGAGGUGUAUGAAAGAAAGAAUCGUUCGCCAACAUUUCGAUUUCCUCCAACUAUGAGAGGGCGCUAAGUGUUUGAAGCAGCAGCAAACCAGAGUCGCACUCACAUUACGCAGGAUUACUCAAGUGAACAGGAGAACAAACUACAAGAUGCCGCAUCAAUCCAAUGGUACUGGUAAAAAUGGGGGCAUUUCGCCCAGACACACCCCCAAAAUGGGUCAACGUAAUCUGGGCUAUGUUAGCGAGGCCCCCGAACCCAAUCAUGCGAGUACACACCCCAAAGAAGAACCCUAUAAAAUUGCCCCACCAAAUUAUGUAAAAACUACAGCCACAGCAGCUCCUACAGUAACACCUGCAGCCCCUUCAGCACCGCCCACAGAUAUUAUAGGCCAAAUAAUUGGAGAUUUUGGCAUAUGGCAAUUGCGAACUGUGCUCAUCAUCUUUCUGUGUAAAAUUCCAGCCUCCUGGUUUAUGGCCUGCAUUAUAUUCACCGCCCCAGAAUUAUAUCCCAGCUCAGAGUUUGAAUGUGAUCAACAGGGUCUGAGUGCAAAUCAAACCAUAACACCCAAUCAGUGUUACAUUGAAGAUUCCGUUGAGGGUAGACGAGAAUGCACAAAAUUCCUGUACAAUUUUGAUUUUCAAUCACUGAUAAUGGAAUUCGAUUUGGUAUGUCUCAGAGAUAUAUUUGUGGCCUGGACCCAAUAUUGGCAUCUCUUUGGUGUGUUGGUGGGAGGUGUAGCGGGCACUAAAAUGAUGUUAUUCUUAAGUCCCCGCACUGUGUAUUUCAUUGGCCAAAUGCUGCAGAUUGUCUGUGGUGUAAUAACUGGAUAUGCUCGAGAUUUUAGUUUGCACUGUGCUUUCAGGUGUUUAUCGGCCGUUUGUUGUGCAAUCAUGUUCACCUCCGGUCAAGCUAUAUUUGCCGACAUCACUUCCGGUUCGUAUCGCCUGGGCUCCAUCAUACUCUAUGACACAUUUUGGUCUAUUGGUGUCAUUUUUCUACCCUCACUCUCAUCAUUCUUCAAUAGUUGGACUCACAUAUACUUGGGCAUUACAUUCCCCACAUUGGUAUUGACACUGCUAUUGCAGUGGACACCAGAAUCUCCUAGAUGGCUGUUGAAGAAUGGCGAUGAUAAGGCUGUGGCACGUGUGGCGGACAUAGUGCGGGAGGGUGCAGCCAUAAAUGAUCGUUUGUGUAAGAUUCCUGCAGAUUUGCAUCAACAAUUGGAGAGUUUAAGGGUAAAAUUACGUUCAGCCCCGGCGCCAGCAAAAUGGUUAGAUUUGUGGAAAGGUCCAAGGGCCACCAUACACAUGUUGGCUGCCCAUUUGGCUUUGGCUGCUUUCAUUAUAAAUUUCAUGGGUAUGCUGUUGAAUAUACGAUCCUUUGGAAGGGAUUAUUUGGUACCCAACACAAUAGCCAUGGGCUUUUCGGAAAUCGUGGGCUGCUUCUUGGCUUUACAUUUCACUCUGAAACACAACAAAUGGAAAUGGCAAUGGGCCGGAGCUGUGAAUAUUAUAGCUGGUCUCAUCGGAUGUCUAGGCUGGUUCUUUAGCCAUUCGGAAAUGAAUCCCUCUGUCAAGGUCACUUUGUGGAUGAUUAUUGCCACCAUACCAAAGAUGGGUGUCUCAUGUGCCCAAUCCAUGAUUCUGGCCUGCAUGGCUGAGGUUAUGCCAAUGAACAAAAAAAUUCCCUAUGUUUUCUCUGUGGUGACAUGGGCUCGUGUCUGGCUACUAUCGGCUCCCUUUAUCAAUGUACUGAAAAAGAUCGAUGUAGCGCUCUCCCUUAGCUCCUAUUGUGCUCUAAGCAUUUUCGGUGGUAUUUGUACCUGCUUCAUGCUGACUCCUCGCAAUCAAGUUGCUGUCACCGCCGCCCCUUUGAGGACAACCAAAGGCGAGGAUAACGAUCAAAAGGCAACGGCAUCAUCCAUAAGAGAAACUGUAUGGCCCGUGGAGAUGGAUGUGAGUAAUACGCAUCUAUAAACUGGUAAGGGCAGUAACUGGUGAAUCGCCGCACAGGUGACGUCUGGAAAGUUAACUGUGUUACUUAGAUGUUGUUAAUUAUAAAUAUUACGCACCAUACGUAUUUAUUUAUAGUUAAAUUUUAUAAAAGUGAUGUUAUAUUACCAAUGCACUCGUAUGUACUUAAAACUAAGAUGAAUAUAUUUUGUAAAUAAAUUUUUUAUAUUAAGAAAAUAAAUAACAUAAAAACAA